AUGGAGGAAGCCACCGACCCUUUCAACCUCACAUCCCGACGACGGGAAGAUGUGACAAAAGAACAAAUCGAAAACGAUUACCCACAAGGCGAUGCACGCUUACUUCAGAAGUUCUAUACCCGACAAAAUAAGCUUAUAGACCAGUUUCUAGGCGUCGAUGACGAAGAGAGGGCACAGGCCGAGGAAGAGGCUCGAGUAGCAGGCAAGAUCAAGUUUGCAGUUAACGCAUCCUUUGUAGUCAACUUUUGCCUUUUCGUUAUUCAGUUAUAUGCAGCUAUCUCGACGGGAUCAUUGGCGCUAUUUGCCACAGCCGCAGAUGCGUUUAUGGAUCUUGUUUCCUCUUUUGUGAUGCUCAUCACGUCUUGGCUGGCGGCUCGACCCAGCAUCUACAAAUAUCCUGUUGGUCGGACACGGAUUGAAACCAUUGGAGUCAUCCUUUUCUGCGCCCUCAUGACAACGGUUGCGGUACAGCUUCUGAUCGAAUCGGCUAGAACAUUGGGUACCGGCAAGACCGAGUCUGAGGAGCUUCACUUGAUACCUAUUAUUUUUGUUUGUGUUGCCAUCUUCAGCAAGGCGUCUCUCAUGUUGUACUGCAUGACUUACCGAAAGUACCCAUCAGUCCAUGUGUUCUUUAUUGACCACCGCAACGACAUUGCCGUCAACAGCUUUGGUCUUAUCAUGUCGGUUGUAGGUGACAAGUUCAUCUGGUACCUGGACCCAAUCGGCGCCAUUUGUAUCGCACUUCUGAUCCUUUUCUCGUGGAUCUCCAAUGCUUUUGGGCAAAUCUGGUUGUUGGUGGGCAAGGCAGCGCCUCAAGAGUUUAUUGCCAAAUUGAUCUACAUGAGCAUAACACAUGACGACCAGAUAUCUAUGGUCGAGACUUGUCGCGCAUAUCAUGCCGGGCAAAAGUACUAUGUUGAGGUGGACAUAGUCAUGGAUGAGCAAACAUCCCUCAAGAUCAGCCAUGACGUUGCCCAGUCGCUGCAGCGAAAGAUUGAAGGGCUUGGGGAUGUUGAGCGGGCAUUUGUUCACGUUGAUUAUGAGUAUGAACAUAACAUUCACGAAGAGCACAAGCCACUUUAUGACAGGAAGGUUUAA